UUUUCGGAAAAAAAUGCUGUAGAAAGGCGAGAAAAUUUUUAACUUUUCUGAACUUUUUCGUGAUAAAGAUAGGGUGUUAAAACGAAUUCAACUUAUUUGUCACUUCCCGCAGCGCAGCGUGACGCGGGAUUGUACGCAGAAAAAAAGGAUUCUAGAUUCCUUUUACAAGCUCCGUGAAGAAAUCUUCGGCAACAAUCCGGGCGUCUCGAAAGGAAAACGCUCCAGGGAGCUUCAAGUCAUCAUCAUGCUGAAAUUUCCUGCACUUGGCAUUACGGAUAGCCUUUACAGCUACAAAAGGAACGUACGCUGCUGACACGAAGAGAUUUCGGAAAAGUUGAGAUUUGUUUCAAGAAAUUGGAAAUGGCGAAAAACAUUGAUUGUUGUGGUACAUCGAAUGGUGAAGCGGAUCGCGACUUGGCAUUUCUCCCUAACUGCUGGUCUGAUGACGUACGGAUGGGUUUUUUGUUGGCAGACUUUAGAUCUAGGAACGUUAAUCCCGAAAGUUACGACAGCAAGCUGCGGUUUUGGAAAGACCUAGUUGCAGCCUAUUGCUUAUUUCAAGGAUCUUCGGUAGUGUCAUUGAUACGCUUAAAGAAUGCCUUCCGACGUAAAAGUAUCGCCCCACAAUGUCUGAUGACAGUCUUUGACGAGAUGCUUAUGAAUGGAGAACUUUUGCCCAAAGAUCAGUUUUUGGAAUCAUCAAGUUCUUCAGGAUUUGGAAUGAAAUGGGCUUUUGAAAAAAUUCGUCGAAAAAUGAAAGGUAUUUCUGAAUCAGAAGAGUUUGUGGUACAGACUGUUGCAGAGAAACACAGCCAAAUGAUUCAACGGACCGUUGAAUGUGAUGGUUUGUUCGAUAAAUUGAUCAACUACACGAAAUUAGUAAAAAUAGUAGAGCAAUCGAGCAACAUAGUGGAAGAAGGCAUCCGGCCCGCGUUGAAGUUACUCGAAAAGGCCCGUCGUUUAACAAUGGAUAAUGUUGCAAGCGGUAAACAACUUCACAAAGUUAUCAAAUUUUUCCAACCAACUGUUGACGCGCAUCCCGUUGCUUAUAUAGAACGAUGCAUUUAUGAACUAGAACAAUGUGAAUUAGAUCUAAACCAGAACAUCACAAAGACAGAACAAGCGAUCGCUGAAAUUAUGAUGCAGGUUCAUGCCCAUAUCCAAGAAGGACACAAGCAAUCAGCAAAAAGUCUGUUGAAAAAAAAACGUAUACUAGAAAGCAUCGUACAAAGCAAAAUCAAUUCUUUAGAAAACUUGCAACAACUUCUUAGCAGAAUGCACGAAACGCAACAAAACAUUAGCAUACUAGAAGCUUUUAAGUUGGGAUCAAACGUUUUAAAGAAGACAUUCGCCGAUUCUGGGUUGAACAUUCAUAGUGUAGAAAAUACUUUACAGGAAAUGAGAGAUGUUUUGGAAGAGAAUAAUGAAGUACAAAAUCUUAUCAGUACAGUGACUGUCAAUGAUAGUGAUGAUCUAGAUCUUGAACAGGAGCUGGGUAGUCUUAUUAACAUGAAAUUCAAAGAAAAUAAGGUAUCCAUAGAAAAUGACCCACAGGAUGCAACAAUAACAAAUCAAAUUAAUGAUUUUGAUGCAGAAAUACUAAAAAGACUCGAAGCUCUUAAAGUAAAUAAUAUUGGGCUGCAUAGCCCACUUACAAGCUAGUCAGAAGUUUUUAAAUUGCGUAAGUUGUUUCCCUGAAAAACAAACACGACAAUAUAUAUAACUGUUUUAUUGGUAAAAUGGUAAAAGACUGAAAUAGGCCCCCCCACUCACGGUGAGUUACUGAGUGACCGAAAAAAUCGUUGUUUUAAUAGUAAAAUGGGUAAAAGACUGAAAUAGGCCCCCCCCCCACUCACGGUGAGUUACCGAGUGACCGAAAAAAUCGUUAAUUUCCACUUUGGUAAAAGACCCAGCUGGCAUUUUGUGAGUGACUUUCCUAUGUUACCAAUGAGAGUGAAAAGGAGGGCAGAUGAAACAGAGCAUCUAAAUGAGCAGCCUUGAAAAUUUUGCCGUAGGCAUGAGUGAGACAUCCGAUGAGACGGCGAUAUUGGUGGGUUCCUUUCCCGUAUCCAUGGUAUUUUGUUGAACGAUUCACGACUGCUCUCGAAAAAAAAUAUACGUUCAAAACCCAAAAUCAGCAAGAGCAUCAUGCAUGGCUUUCGUAACUUAACCUAAGUUUUGCCGAAUCAACGAUUCGUUCACGAGUCUGGGCAAAUGUUUGAAGAAUUUAUUGCAUCACAAUUCGAGAUGACCAGAAAAAUGCUAGCAAUUUGCACAACGUAGGACAUAUUGCAAACGAAGUGCGACGAUUCAGCCAGCUGAACCUUAUUUAACUUUCACACUUGAAAAUAAUUUACACGCACUGAAAGGAACUGUUCGUAGUGGUACAAGACCGUUUCAGCAAUCUUCUAUACGAUUAGAAGAAUGUAGCCAAGUGUGGGAAGAACAUACGCAAGGCGAAACGGAAUAUCCCAAACCUUCGCAAACAUGACAACGACUAUACGUCCGAAAGUAUGCUUCACUACAAUCACAUUAUAAUGCAAACAUAACUGCAUCCAUUCAUACGCGAGAUAUAGUCCAGCUGGUUCGAAGCCGAACAAAACAACGGCGAUGCGGUAAGUACAGAACAUUUCCAUAGUUUCAAGAUUCAUCCACACAUUUAAUACUUACAGGAAAUCUCGCACACAGGCUCACGCGGAAACACAAACUGAAACCGGUCGUUGUGGAGAAAGCAAGGCAAGGCCAAGGGCAAAAGGGGUAAGGUAAGGUAAGGGCAAAGGAAAGGCCUACCCAGUUUUUUGCCUGAAAAUUAAAGUACCAUUUUGCAAGCAAAUAAAAACCUCUAAUUAUGAAUCAAGCCAAUCAGGUAGUAUCUCUGACAAAAAUAGGAGGUAAGUCUCGCGCAAUAGGUAGUUUCUGGAGCAACCGGCUGGACUUACUACCUUGAAAGUAAC